GCACCUUUUGAGGCAAUUACAGCCUCAAGUCUUUUUGAGUAUGAUGCUACAAGCUUUGUACGCCUAUUUUUGGGCAGUUUCUCUCAUUCUUCUUUGCAGGACCUCUCAAGCUCCAUCAGGUUGGAUGGGGAGUGUCGGUGCACAGCCAUUUUCAGAUCUCUCCAGAGAUGUUCAAUCGGGUUCAAGUCUGGGCUCUGGCUGGGCCACUCAAGGACAUUCACAGAGUUGUUCUGUAGCCACACCUUUGUUAUCUUGGCUGUGUGCUUAGGGGUGUUGUCCUGUUAGAAGAUGAACCUUCGCCCCAUUCUGAGGUCCAGAGCGUUCUGGAGCAGGUUUUCAUCAAGCAUAUCUCUGUACAUUGCUGCAUUCAUCUUUCCCUCGAUCAUGACUAGUCUCCCAGUUCCUGCCGCUGAAAAACAUCCCCACAGCAUGAUGCUGCCACCACCAUGCUUCACUGUAGGGAUGGUAUUCGCCAGGUGAUGACUGGUGCCUGGUUUCCUCCAGACAUGACGCUUGUCUUUCAGGCCAAAGAGUUCAAUCUUUGAUUCAUCAGACCAGAGAAUUUUGUUUCUCAUAGUCUGAGAGUCCUGUCAUAUGCCUUUUACUGAGGAGUGGCUUCCGUCUGGCCACUCUACCAUACAGGCCUGAUUGGUGGAGUGCUUCAGAGAUAGUGGUUCUUCUAGAAGGUUCUCUUUUCUCUACAAUGACAUGCUGGAGCUCUGUCAGAGUGACCGUCAGGUUUUUGGUCACCUCCCUGACUAAGGGCCUUCUCCCCCGAUCGCUCAGUUUGGCAGGGCGGCUAGCUCUAGGAAGAAUCCUGGUGGUUCCAAACUUCUUCCAUUUACGGAUGAUGGAGGCCACUGUGCUCAUUGGGACCUUCAAUGCUGCAGAAAUGUUUCUGUACAAUUCCCCAGAUCUGUGCCUCGAUACAAUCCUGUCUUGGAGGUCUACAGACAACUCCUUGGACUUCAUGGCUUGGUUUGUGCUCUGACAUGCAUUGUUAACUGUGGGACCUUAUAUAGACAGGUGUGUGCCUUUCCAAAUCAUGUCCAAUCAACUAAAUUUACCACAGGUGGACUCCAAUCAAUUUGUAGAAACAUCUCAAGGAUGAUCAGUGGAAACAGGAUGCACCUGAGCUCAAUUUUGAGUGUCAAGGCAAAGGCUGUGAAUACUUAUGCACAUGUGCUUUUUUUGUUUUUAUUUUUAAUAAAUUUGCAAAGAUUUCAAACAAACUUCCUUCACGUUGUCAUUAUGGGGUAUUGUUUGUAGAAUUUUGAGGAAAAUAAUGAAUUUAAUCCAUUUUGGAAUAAGGCUGUAACAUAACAAAAUGUGGAAAAAGUGAAGCGCUGUGAAUACUUUCUGGAUGCACUGUAUGUAUUUUAUGCACAGAGAAUAGAAGUGGGAGCUGGUUUGAAAGGUUGUGAAAACUGUUUUGAGCUAUUAUCUAUUGUGCAUAGCUCACACAAAUAUCAUCAGAGUUCUGUAGAGUUAAAGUACUCCCACUGCAUCUACAAAUCAGGCCAUGAGAAGGUUAUGCCACAUGUUCAUUAGCCAGAUAUGUAUUCGAUCUGCAUAUUGCAUUUGAAUAUGAAGUGAGAAUAUUAAGUUUCAAUUUUACACCGAAAUCUGUGGUGUGGCAAAGUAUUGUUUGCUUGCUCUCAGUUUGACAGAGGUCAAACCGAACUAUCCCUCACUAUAUGACACAAGUUUACAAAAUAAAUAGAUAUAUAAAAAUUCACAUUUCCAGUUCCUAAAUUUCUGCAAAGGAAAACUACCUGCAAUCCUGUACAAAAGAACAGCUCUCUCAGCUUUGUUGAUGUUUAAACUACAAGCAAAAGACAAAUAAAAAAAAAAAAAACACUAACAAAUCAUAAACAUUUUAUCCUGUUUAUUCUCACAAUAUUUUUAUUAAUAAAGAAUAAAUAAGUGUUUUUUAAUGUGGUAUUGUUUGUUUUAUUCAACAUGUGUAGGGGUUUAAUGGCAACUCUCCCAUGAGCAUUUCUCUACAUGUCAUACUGGGCAUGGUUUGUUGUGUGUAUGACAAAUAAAUUUGAAUUUGAACUUUAACACUUCACUUUUAUACUCAGAUACUAGUGGGGGCUUAUUGGUCUGGACCAGAUAUGUUAAAUUAAUUGAAAGGGACUGUUAUAAACAAAGACUACGAACACAUAAUAAACUGUAAAUUAAUGAAGUGUUUAGAUUUUAUGGAUACUCAUAAAAGGCCCUUAAAUGCAUGACUUCCAGGGAUAAAGUUCUUCAUAGUCUUUUCUACUGUUGGGCUAUUGUAAACUCCUCUGUUCUGAACACUUUUCUGUGCUUGGAAACUUUGCAAAGCACAGUUACUGUUACAAAGCACUGACACACAUGACUCCUUCAAUAAAUGUUAAAUAAAUUCCUCCCAACAAAAAACUUCACCACAUCAAUUAUUAUACGUUUCGUUUUUAUUAAACAACAUGUUUAAUGUUUUUUAUUAUUGUUUGUUUUGGUUAUGUGGUGUGUCUUCUAAACAAGUCCCUGUACAGUACAUGAACUAUUAAUAUAAAAACAAUAAUGUAUUAGAAUGAGCACAUUAAUAUAAACCUAUUGUUUAUAUAUACAGUAAACCCCUGUAUCCACUGUUUCACUUUUUCAGUUGACUGUGGCAUGAAAAAAUUAUAUAGAAAAUUAGAGAAAUACAGUAAACAUUCAUAAUUUAAAUUGUGUGCCAUCCUGAGUGAUGUGAUUAAAUCUCGUGCGGUCCUGCCCGGGACGUUACUCAUCCUAUUGCCCAGCGUAGAAGAAGAACGUAGAAGAAGAUGGGUGAGCACAGUACAAUAAAUAUUUUUGACAGACCAAGAGAAAGAGAGAGAGACCACAUUCACAUAACUUGUAUUAUUAUAAGUGUUCUAUUUUAUUAUUUGUUACUCCUGUUAAUGUCUGAUUGUGCCUAAUUUAUAAAUGAAACUUUAUCAUAGGUAUGUACAAUAUAUAGUACAGUAUAUAGCUACUAUCCACAGUUUCAGGCAUGCGCUAGGGGGCUUGGAACCUAUCCCGCCUGGAUUUGGGGGUUCUACUGUAUGUUUAUAUACUGAUGUUAAGUACAAGAGCAUGAUUAUGAGUGUGAUAUUGCUUUUAUACAAUAAUUCUAUAAACAGGAAAUUAAUACUGAGCAACAUUUCAGAUAGAUUGUAGCUAAAUUCUUUGUUUAUGUUUGCUCCGUCAAGGAAAAUAGUUCCCAAACAAGCCACAGCUGGAUAGAUCAUUGUGUAUUGCAAUGCAAUGCACAGACUAAGCGAAAGCCUGUUGUAAGUGUAGUAAUGGCUUUAGUUUUCCAACGCUAGAACUGGAAUUUUAUGUAACAAAUGCAGACAAGCAAAUUGAUACAAACAGUUGUAUCUGUUUCAGUCUUCCUAAACUGACUAAUUUCAGAUGCCGCUUUUCAGGGAGAAAAACAAGGGCAGUGCCUACCUAAUAAGAACAUGUAUAGUAUGCUUGACUAUAGAUAAUUAUGUCUUGUCAUUGAACAACUAAUAGCAUGUAUGUGGAGGGCAAACUGUUUGGGUGCUCCAUUGAAUUAAUCAAAAACAAAAUCUCAGGCCUGUGUUCUGUAGCCAUCCUUCUCUUGCUUGCACUGUACAUACUGAUCUGGCAUCUACUGAUGCAAUAUGGGCAAAACCCUUAAGCAAUGUUUUGGACAAAACCCUAUCAGCUUCUAUUUGGCUGAGACAACAAAUGCUGUGUUCUGUAUUUUGACCUACAUUGUGAUAUCAGUGAAGUUCAGCCUCUAGAAUUUGUGGAUUUAGAAUGUCAUGAUGUCUUGAUCCUGACUUGCCUAGUUCAUCCUGGUACAUUACAUACUGUACACCUAGGCAAAAGAUAUUCACUCUGUUUUUUAUAUUGCCACACAUUUCAUAUUACGAUACAUUUCUUUUUUCAAGUCAAUUAGGGCAUCUACUUUGUUGACAUCAGAGAGAUAAUUUCAAAACAAUCAAUUAGAGAUGGAUUUAUUUGAGCUUUAUUUCACUAUAUCAGAAUUCCAGUGGGACAAAUGAUUCCAAAAAUUAUGUAAUGACUUUCAGAAGCUUCUGACUGGCCAAUUUUCAUAAUUAGAAGUUAACUUGGAGUGUACCUGUAGCUGUCCGUACGACCUGUGGUAGAAUUUGCCCCUAACAGCAAGUUGUGUGCUCUGGCCUGAGGUUGGCAUGGCACUGCUGAGAUAUUUGUAUGGGGUAGGCUGGUGAGCAGUGCCUGCCUACUGGGUUGUAUGCUCUGAAUUUCUGGCUUGGUAGGUGUGCUGGCGGGUGGACUGAUGCAGAAUGCAAUGGACAAUGGUGUCUUUGAAAUGAGAGGAAUUCUGCGGUAUUUCAACCAUGCCUUUUGAUCAGACAUAGACACAGUCUAAAUCAGGCUUAACUACCAACUCAGAGGAGAUCAAGGAAGGGUAUCUGUCUAUAUAAGAAGGUAUUACAAUUUCUUGGGUGCUCUCCACAUUAAGCUGCAGGGCGGCCCUCGUGGCCCUCAUGCCACUGUGUGCCCUGGCAGUCAGUGGGGGAUCCUGAGGGGCAGGAGGAGCCCAUUGAGUGCAGCAGGCACAACCUCAAGCAUUCUGACCAAAACAUGAACCUAUGUUGGACCGAGAUCAAGCGCAAAUCCCACAACAUCAGGGUGCGUCUGGAGGCCUUCUCAGACAACAGUGGGAAACUGCAGCUGUCACUGCACGAAAUCAUCGAAUGGCUGACAGCUAAAGAUGAGGAGCUAUCAGAGCAGCUGCCUAUAGGGGGUGAUGUUGGGGCUGUGCAGCACCAGCGUGAUUUCCACCAGGCCUUUAUGGAGGAUGUCAAGUCCAGAGGCCCCUUCAUCUACUCAGUGCUAGAGUCAGCCCAGGCCUUCCUAGCCCAACAUCCCUUCCAGGAACCUGACGAAAUGCUGCCAGAUGGCAAAGAAUUGUCUCCAAGGCGCCGGGUGCAGAAUGUGAGCCGCUCGGUUUGGAAGCAGGCCAACGUGGCCAGUGACCUGUGGGAGAAGCUGACAGCACGUUGUGUAGAUCGCCACCGUCACAUGGAGCGGACGCUUGAGCGGUUGUUGCAAGUGCAGGCAGCCAUGGAAGAGCUCUCCCAUGCUCUGGAGCAGGCUGAUGGUGUGAGAGAUGCCUGGGAGCCUGUGGGAGAUCUCUUCAUCGAUUCACUGCAGGACCAUAUUGAUGCAACAAAGCUGUUUAAGGAAGAGCUGACUCAAGUCAAGGAAGGCAUGAAGCACAUCAAUGACUUGGCCCACCAGCUAGCCAUUUCCGAUGUGCACUUGUCCAUGGAAAAUGCUCGUGCUCUUGAGCAGCUCAACAGCAGGUGGAAGCUGCUGCAGGGUUCUAUAGAAGAACGCAUGAAGCAGUUGCAGGAUGCUCACCGAGACUUUGGCCCUGGAUCACAGCAUUUCCUCUCUAGUUCAGUGCAGAUACCUUGGGAACGUGCUAUAUCUCCAAACAAAGUGCCAUACUACAUCAACCACCAGGCACAGACAACCUGCUGGGACCAUCCAAAGAUGACAGAGUUAUAUCAAGCACUGGCGGACCUGAACAACAUAAAGUUCUCAGCAUACCGGACAGCCAUGAAGCUACGGCGAGUGCAGAAGGCUCUAAAAUUGGACCUGCUGAAACUUACCAGCGUAGCUGAGGUAUUCAGAGAGCAGGACCUGCAACAUAGUGAAUACAUGAUGGAUGUCGUGGAGGUGAUCCACAUCCUCACUGCUCUGUAUGAGAAGCUGGAGGAGGAGCGAUCAGUGCUCAUCAAUAUCCCACUCUGCGUGGACAUGUGCCUCAACUGGUUGCUUAAUGUCUAUGACAGUGGUCGGAAUGGAAAGAUGCGGGUACUCUCCAUCAAGAUGGGCAUAGUUAGCUUGUGCAAUGCAGACAUCAAGGAGAAAUACAGAUACCUCUUUAGACAGGCAUGUGAGUCAAAUGGCCUGAUGGAUCAGAAGCACCUUAGCCUCCUGCUUCAUGAAGCCGUCCAGAUCCCUCGGCAGCUUGGUGAGGUGGCAGCCUUUGGGGGAAGUAAUGUGGAGCCCAGUGUCCAUAGCUGCUUCCGCAUGGCCCCAGGUAAGCCAUCUAUUGAAGUAACUCACUUCCUGGAUUGGGUGAGUCUCGAGCCACAAUCAAUGGUGUGGCUUCAAGUACUGCACCGUGUGACCAUGGCUGAAUCUGCCAAGCACCAAGCUAGGUGCUACAUCUGUAAACAGUGCCCCAUUAAGGGCUUCAGAUACCGCAGUCUGAAACAGUUCAACGUGGAUAUUUGCCAGGCAUGUUUCCUGACUGGGCGAACAACCAAAGGCAAAAAGCUCCACUACCCCAUUAUGGAGUACUAUACCCUGACCACCUCAGGAGAGAAGAUGCGGGAUUUUGCAAAGACUCUAAAGAACAAGUUCAGAUCAAAGCAAUACUUUAGCAAGCACCCUCAGAGAGGCUACCUGCCCGUGCAAAUGGUCCUGGAAGCAGAGAGUGGUGAGACGCCGUGUUCCUCUCCCAGGCUACCACAUGCAGACACACACAACCGGAUCGAGCACUUCGCCAGCAGGCUGGCAGAAAUGGAAAACCAGAGCUGUUCCUUCUUCACUGACAGCCUCUCUCCUGAUGAAAGUCUGGAUGAAGAUCAGUACCUCCUGCGUCAUUCCAGCCCCGCUCUGGUACAUGACUGUCCACCAGGGCCACACUUCCUCACCCACCUUGACUGCCACAACAAAGAGGAACUGCAGCGAACACUGGCCCAUCUGGAAAACGAGAACAGGAUGCUGCAGGGUGAGUACCGGCGGCUGAAGUGGAAGCACGAGGAAGCUGCAGCAGCAACACCGCAGCUGGUGGAGGGCAUCUCAGGCUUGGGCUUGCCACUUGAACAGCAGGAUGAGGAGCUCCUGGCUGAGGCUCGAGUGCUGAGGCAACACAAGAGUCGCCUGGAGACACGCAUGCAGAUACUGGAGGAUCAUAACAAGCAGUUGGAGUCACAGCUCCAUAGACUCCGAGAGCUACUGCUGCAGCCCAAAGAUGACUCAGAGGCCAAUGGGUCAGCUCCCUCUUCUCCUCUGUCGCCUGUGUCAGUGGUGUACCAAGGGGAGCUACUAAGCAAAGAGACCACAGACACUGAAGCCACAGGUGAAGAUUUGGAACCAGAGCAGGACACAGUGCUACAGCUACAGCAGGUGAUCGAGCAGCUGAGGAAUGUCUUCCCAUCUGAACCAACCCAAUGAGGAGGCACACAGAUUCCACAUUUCUCAGCUAAACCUGAAUUGGGUCCAGAAUAUGCAAGGCAGAAAAACAUAAAGCAGAUUUGGAGCACACUUUUUUGAUCUCCAACUGAAGCUCAACGGAGAGAGCUGGAACAUUUCUGAGUGAUUCACUAAUGUCUUGUGGUGCCAAAGGCCAAUGCUUGAUCGGUACACUGUGUUAACCAGCUACCUGUAGUAGCAGCAGGUGUGUGUGGCUUCUCUAAUAUAGCACAAUGACCUCACCAUCAACCUCGCACAGAGAUUAGCGGAAUUUAUAUUCCUGUGCCAGCUACUUUGUACCUUUUUUAAUUGGUUACUAUUUUUCUGUUUAUUUCUUGCUCACGCAACUCUGAAAUUGACACACACAUACACAAUCUGUUCAGGUCUCGUAUGAGGUCUUGGCCUCUGGAGCAAGUGGUUUUUUGGGGUUUUUUUCCCUGUAGGGUUGAUACAACAUCAGCAAAACCUAUCAUUUAUUCAAAAUGGAAUAGCACCUGGGAGGACAGCACCUGUGUUCUGACAACUCCAGCUGAACCCUCUCUCUCUCACUCACUCACUCAUACUUCUUCCUCUUUCUCAUGUGGGUUUUACCUCUAUUGUUACAUUCACCAAUGUAUUCACCCAUGCUUUUUGGACACAGUGAAAGGUCCAUUGGUGAGGGUGAUCUGAAUCACUGUGGUGCUAUGAAAGUGUUUGCUUGAAAAAUGUCAGCUCUCUGCUGUGCCCUGCAGAUGGAGGAUAACUUAGAACAGUGAUUCUCAACCUGGCACGGGGCCAGAAAUGAACACACAGGGUGCUGAAGUCUCUUUCAAAAAUAGGAAGAAGGGGUGCAUUUCACGUGAUGUUGUCAAAAUGUCUAACAUGGCAGCAGCAGAAGGUGGGGCUGUACUCAGACAGCUACUUUAUAGUCUUACAGAAUGGCUUGUCAAGUCUCAGCCAGAAUGUCUACUUUGCAGCAUGAAGCUAGCUAACGAUAGCAUGAAGCCUGGCAAAAUGAAGAGACAUUAGCAAACAAAACACAGAGACCAUCAGUGAAAGUCUUACUUGUUUUUAAAGGAAAAGACAGCUGGCAUUAACAAAUAGACACGCAGACACCAGGAAGUAGCAGGAAGUGAUUUACACAGGGCUACAGAAGUAUAACUUGAAUGCUCAUGAUAUCAAAAUCCUAAAAAGCCACAUGGUACCAGAGAGCAUUUUGGAUGAAAAUUGUUGAAUAGCUGUGUGGCCCCCAGGUUGGGAAAGCUACUUUGAAAAUGUCGUUUUUCAAGGUCCAAGCUACUCAUAGUUUGAAGUAGUUAAGCUACAGUCAAGCUACCCCUUUAAAGAAGUAGUUAGCUAUACUACAAAUUACCAACAAAAAGUAGCUAACUACAUUGAAGGUACUUAAAUGGGCAACAUUUUUUGUAUGUCGUGAUUGUGAAUAAGCUUAUUAAUAACUGUGCAUAAUUUAUCAUAAAGAAAUUAAACACAAUUUAAUGAUAAUUCACAACAAUUAUGAAUUUAUACAGUCUUGGUUUAUUUAUAGACUAUCCAAAAAUACAGUUAACACUGAAACUGUAUAUUACACUAAAAGUGAGAGAUUUAAGUGAGAUAGUGUAUGUCAAAUUCAAGCUCAAAGUGAGUUACUGUGAAAGUGAGAUUUUAAAGAAUGUAUAAUUAUUAGGGCUGUCAAUCCAUUAAAAAAAUUAACUAAUCAAUUGUGAUUAAUCUUUUUUUCUUCGUCAGAUGAAGCUUUUAAUGGAUAUUUAAAUGUAAAAUUACAGAACUAAAACGGAAUCAAUGCAAAUUAAGUAUAUUUAAAUUAAAUAUAAUUUACAAAUACUAUUGCUUAAUAGCAUAUUUUUUUAAACUUGGAAAACAGAUUCUCUCCUGUGACAGAUUUCCAAUAAAACCAUCAAUGCCUCUCAAAAUUGACUGUUGGCUUGAAAGGCAUAUUUCUUAUAUGUACUAACAGGAAUAAUAACAAAACCCAGACAUAUAUGUUAACAUGCCAGUUGAACUUCAAAACUAUCAAAUCCAUUAAAAUUAGCUUAGAAGGCAAUAAUGUCUUAUAUGCACUAAUAUAAAUUAAAAUUAACACCAAAAAAUGUGUUCCAAGUUCAAGUGUUUUUAACUACCCAAUUAGCCAAAGCAUUAGUUACCUUCCCAGUUACAGAUUAAUUCACCCAUGAUUACCACGCUCCUGUAAAAUAGAUUGGCGAGGCCCCGUAGAGAGUGUUUCAGUAGGGUGUUUUGCUUUGAGGUGAUAUGUCAACUUCUGUGGUAAUUAAAAUUGGCGUUGCAAACUGCGCAGAUUACGUUUGUUUUUGCCAAAGAUCCAUCAUGAAACUUUUUAAAGUGAAACUUUGCUCCUAAAACUCCAUCCAUAUCCUCUUCUAUCUUUAGCCAUGAAGGUUUGGUUUGGUGGCAUACGUCCCAAGUCAUAGGUCAGCCGCCACAGGAAGUAAUCAAAACACAGCUGCAUUAAUUGCGUAAAAAUCAAUCACUCGACAUGCACUGAUAAACUGAAUUAUUUUAUUUUAUUUUAUUUUAUUUGUAAGUAAAUGUUGUGUUGCUUGUUAACAACAAAGUGGCAGUAAUAUUCUUUGUAUCAGAGAAUAAACUCCAGUGUUAAUUUAU